CGAGGCGUCUGCAUUAAACACUAAAAAAAAUAUCCUGUUUCUGUUCACAACACUGGUCCUGAAGUUAAAUAUAAUUCUCCGUUCCCUACUAAACUGUAUCAUUAUUUAGUAACUCUAUUCUUGGUUUCCUAUUUCUUAAUAUUAACAAUACACUAAAAAUAAAUACAUUACAGCGAUAACAGAAAAGAUAGCAAAACGUUGAGACAUAUUGCGGGGCAAUCGAGUAAUAAGUACCGAGUAUAUAUAUUACUCCAAUGCCAUGUAGUAGCUAGCGCUUACACUCCCCUUCAGUGUCAGAACUUCCCGGUAAAUAGGUUCGACUCUUUCCACGUGGAAGAUACCUUGCGUUAGGAUGAUCGGAAUAACUCUGCUGCUGCUUAUAGUGGCGCUGGCUGCUGAGACCCAAGCUGCUAUGAGUUAUACGUUACAUGAAGAUCAAGGAUUCUCAAUGUGUCAGGACUGAGACCGGCCUUCACCCUGAUGGCUCCACCUGGUAUCUGGAAGGAUGUCGAAUGGCAGAAUGCAGCCGCGAUGGCAACAUGAUGCGUAUCAUUUACUACAGCUGCGGUAAAGUCGGUACUCUGGACGGCUGUGAAAUGGUGGAAGAUCACACUCUGAAUUACCCCGAUUGCUGCCCCAAGGAUUCAUGCUCCUGAGAAAGAUUCCCAAUUGUACCCAAAGACGACUGCCAGUUGUCAGUAAUGCAUUAUUUCUCUUAUGCAAUAAACGUCUUCAAUUUC